UUCUGCUCACACUAAAUAAACGGAUGCCUGUUUAUGUGUAUGGGUGUGUCCUUCAGGGCUGGGCGACUCGUGUCUUUGCCUGUUGUGCCCCUAGAAUUACUUUGUUACGUAUUGCUGGCAACGUUCCCCAUCCCCGUUUCUAUUGUCUUGCCUGUUUUUGACACAACAUUGGGAAAUUGUUUUAAUCCAAUUCCCAGUCGCAAGGCACCGCAAGACCCUCCCACUUAUGCUUACACUCGCAUAGACCCAAUUUGUAAAAUGUCAAAAUGCAAAUGAUCUAACACGCACGUUUUUUGAACGUGGGAGGAAAAGUGGAACAAUGUUUCUUUUUCUUAGUUCGUUACCCAAGUGGAAAGAUGUUUUCAUUUGUACAUCUCGGGAUCAGAAAACGAUUGGAUUGCUGUUCCUUGAAAAAUCACUUUAGAGAGUUCAACAUUUGUCGACUGGAUGGCAGGGGCGCCAGUAUUGGGCCUGGGUGUCACACCAAUGACAAAUUUGGCUCAAUGGAAGGAUGGAGGGAGAAUGCCUUCCAAGGCUAUGAGUUCCCCCAACACACUGGAUGGCAUCCUCCAUUCGGCUUCAAUCCUGUCUGGACAUCCACUGGGCUGCAUGGGGUCGAGAGAGGAGAAAAACAAUUCUUGUCCAGAAGGAGUGGUGGAGGAAGACAAAAGAAGACAUAAACAACAAGAAGGAAGAGAAUUGUUUAUUGUGAAAAAGCUAUAUCAAAGGUACAAAGAAAGACUGCAAACAAAAUAUCUUAAAGAAAAAAAUAAAAAUCAGCUACAUGGUCCACUGAAUAGCCAUCAGUGGCGCUUUUUAAAGAAUGGACUUGAUGAUUUUCGGGAUGGGUAUCCCUCACCUGCAGCAUGUGGAAUUUUCACUCAGAAUGAGAAAGGAUGUGCUCCUGUUGUCCUGGGUGCUACUGGCUCUGUUAAACCAACUGAGCAGACCUCCAAGAAAAGAUUCAACAAAGAACAGAUCUGUUACUCCAAAGUAACUCCACUGCAGCAGAUGCGACAUGAAUAUAUUGCCCAAAUUGAGUAUGGGUUAACCCAGCACCCCCUGGCCCUCUAUCCGCACCUAGAGGAGAGCUUGGCCCCUGAGGUAUUUGAGGAGGUUGUAAAUGUUCUUGACCCAGAAAUGCAUCCUGGUAGCCAAGUGGGAUCAAGUGUGGCAGAUGUUCAGGAGGAACAAGAUGAGAUCCCAUCCAGUCAGCAAGAAACAAAAGAGACAGAUCCAUCAGAUUCUAAAGGGGAACAGAGUGCAAGAUUUUCUGCCAGUGCAAUAAGUGAAGAUUCAAAACAGAAGAAUCCUUACAAAUGGCUUUCAGCAAAGGAAGAGUCAGAGGAGAAGGAGAAGAAAACAAUCCACUUUAAACGGGCCUCGUCACCAUCUUUGGAUGAGGAGAUACAGAACAUUGCCAAGGAAUUUUGUGAAUGGGUAACAUCUUUGGGGGGAGAAAGCAGUAAUAUAGAAGAGUCUACUCUGAUAAACAUGUUUGGCAGUGGCUACAAGGUUCAGCCUGCACUUACUGUACCUAUUGAAGUGGUGGAACUUUACAAUGUACCAGCAGAACUGAGGAUGUCCAUUGGAGGAACUCCACCCUCAUCUGAAAAUAAGCUUGCCCAAAAAAAGAGAACUGUGCCAAAGAAACCAUUAAGCCAGCCAAAUCAUGUAAAAAUUAAAUAUGGAGCCUGGUAUUUGGAUCCUAAAAAAUGGAAGAAAAGGAAUGUUGAUGAGCCUCUUACAGAUCCUGAUUUUAUUAGAGAUUUAAUUAAGGAUGAAAACUUUGAUUCUCUUACCAUGAGUGAAAGGGAUGAGGAACUGAAACAGCUACAUGGAACUAAAGCCUUUAAAGACUUUAUUCGCAGCAAAGGAGCUCGUGAGCCUAAGUUUCUUAAGAACCUUUUUUCAGAAGAAGAGACUGGAAAAUAUGUUAAGGACAAGAAGGAAGAAAAUAGAAAUGAGCAGGAAGGAACUGUAUUUUCGCCAUCACAAGAAGAAAUACUAAGCUAUUGACUGUACCUUUGAGGUCUGAUGUAACAUUUGAAAGGAUUUGGAAGUGAAAUCGAGACUGAAAAAACUGAAGGGCUCUUGAAUGUUUUGUGCCCUCGGACAGUUUACUGGGAUUCUCCUUUUCAAAAACCUCCAGCAUUCAUGUAACUCUGGAGGCACAGACCUAAUAAGCACUAUUGAGGAUCCAAUAUCACGUUUUUGUGAUAUUAAAAAGACUGUGCUUUCAUCUAUUAGCCAGGAGCAGAGGCGGAAACUCAGUUCUACUCACUUGACUGCAGUUGACUUUGUAACACACCAUCUGCAACUUAUUUCAGUUGUACUUUAUUAAUAUCAAUCAAUAAGUUUAAGAUUUUUGAUGAAGAGAUUCAAAUUAAUAAUGAUUUGGGGGAUCGUCUUUAAUUUUAAAAUGAGUGCAGGAAUAAGGACAAAGAAUAUUAAAGUCCAGGAAGAAUAUUCAGCCCAGUGUGCUAUAACCAGAUAAAGACUGAAUGUUGGGAGAGGAAAAAAAACAUUUCUCUAAAUGUUUUUUUUUUAUUAAAAUAAUCCCAUUGUUCUGUGUUGAGCACUAUUAUUUUCAGUAAUUUCACUUACUGAAGUACAACUCUCAGUUGAGGAAGGUUGAAACGGGUGUGUCAAUGUGAAUAUCCAUGAAGGUUUGGUUUGCAUCCUGCAGACAGGAUUUUGGUGGAGCACAUCAACAAUUAUGUGUUAAUAAAAUUCAGCCUUGUAUAUUUGGUGCUCAAAAUUUAGGUAACACCUAGUGGGUACAAAUGUUAAAGGUUUAGCUGUUUAUACUAUAUCAGAAUCAUGUAAUUUUUGAUAUGGUCAAAUAUAUUGGGACUU